UGGUAAGCCUUGAACAAGCAGUGAAAGGCAGACUUGGUCUCAUGUGUCAGUGUCUUUUACAUUUCAGUCGCAGCAAUCACGUAUAUUUUGUGCUUCAAUAAAUAAUAUACAAAAUGAAGCUAUAUUCCGUUUCGGAUGGUCCACCAUCUCUCGCGUGUCGUCAACUGUUGAAAGCUUUGAAUAUCAAGUACGAAUUGAUAGAUAUGGAUUUUGCAAAAGGCGAACAUAUGACUCAAGAGUACGAGAAGUUAAAUCCACAAAAGGAGAUACCUACUCUGAUUGAUGAUGAUCUUAUAAUAGGAGAAAGCAACGCUAUUUUGCAAUAUCUGGCCGAUCGAUAUGAUACGAAUGGAAAACUGUAUCCGAAGGAACCGAAAUUGCGAGCGAUUGUCAAUCAUCGUUUAUGUUUCAAUUUGGCGCUCUAUUAUCGUAAUAUUGCCGAAUACGUUAUGGCUCCGAUAUUCUACGAUUAUCAACGCACGCAUUUGGGUCUGAAGAAAAUGAAAAUUGCUCUAGAUAUUUUCAAUACGUAUUUGCAACGCGAAAAUUUCGAAUUGGCGGCAGGCAAUGACUUAACGAUCGCUGAUUUUCCGCUGAUAACCGCGACGAUGUGUCUGGAGGCCAUCGACUUCAAAUUGGACGCGUGGCCUUAUGUGGCAAAGUGGUACGAAAAUUUCAAACGGAAGUUCCCCGAUCUUUGGGAAAUCGCGGCGAGCGGAAUGCGAGAGAUCAGCCACUUUGAGAAACAUCCCUAUUUAUCCAGCGUGGAUCAUCCGAUACAUCCGGUGCGCAAGAGCGCCUGAAGGAAUUGUUGUAAUUGCAAAUAUAUAUUUCGGGCGACUUUUCCUUUUAUAUGUGAUAUUUUAUUAUGAAGAAAUUGAACAUGAAUACGCGGAUAUUUUUACUAAGAUUUUUAUUAUCGACAUAUAUACAGGUUGAGUUUUUUAACUUGAAACUGCAAAAUAUCUGGAAAACUAAGCAUUGUACGAAAAAAUGUUUUAAAUAAACUUUCAAUGAACAUCAA